CUUUAAAUGAUUUAAUUCAUUAAAAAAAAAAUGUUACAUAAUAAUAUAUUAAUUUUUAUAAUACUUAUUUAUUAUUAUGAAAUUGAAGCAUUUGGUCGACAAAAAAAUAACAAUAUUAAUGAUAAAUUAUCAAUUAAAAAUGACAUUAAUGAAAACAAAAAUAUAUUUACUAAAAAAUUAAAUGAAUAUAAUGAAUAUGAUCCAUAUUGUGAUUGUAAUAAUGUUGGUUUUAAAAUUGUACAAAAAAUACCAUAUCACGUUCCGUCAACAUUACAUUCUAUCAACAUGACAUCAAGCUGUGUGAGAUGUGACCUUUGUCUUGCAAUUGCUGAUAAGAUCAAUGUAACAUUGAUAGAUUUACAUGAUGUCACAUCACCUGAUAAAUUUCUAAAUGAUACAGAGGUUGAAUUACUCUUUGGCAUUGUAUGCAAUGAGGCAUUCAAAAAAAUGAGAGAGAUCAAUGGACAGCGAUAUAUUGGAGAUAGUCUACCACAAUCAGUGAUUUUUGAGUCCAGUAAUGAUGAACUUUGGGAGACAUUAUUAAAAAAAAGAUGUUGGGAAAUUGUUGAAAUAAUUGGAGCAGUUAAAAUUUAUGAAAAAUGGAAAGAAUGGUAUGAUGGUUGUGAUAAAAAUUUAAAAUCAAUAUUGUGCAAUGGUGAAUUUGAAAUUUUACGUGAUUGUCGAGGUAUAAAAAAAUACUUCUCGAAUUAAUUAUUAUCAAGUUGUUUUUUUUUUUUCAUUGCGUGUGUAUUAAAAUAAUUCAAAUCAAUGGAAAUUUUAUGAUAAAAAAAAAAAAUAAAACAAAGCAGCUGUGUUAUCAAUGCUGAAAUGGAAAUAUAUAAUUUUUUUGAUGACUCAUUUUCAUUGAACUUGAUAUUUGUGAAUAUUUUCUUUUUAAAAAUAUAUGAUGAUAAUCUUUUA